AUGUUAAAAAACUUGGAAACCAUAAAAUUUCAAGGGUUUUUAAUUUUCACCUUCGAAACACCCCUAAACACCAAAUUCGUACAUAAAAUCUUCAAUCAUCCCCAAAAAUCUUCCAUUCUCGCCGAAUUUUCAAUUACAAAUCGAUUCAAUAUCUUCAGGAGCAACAAUGGCGGUGGAAGAGGAACCCAAAGGCGAAGCAUUGAAGGAACUGGAGUAUCUUUCACUCGUUUCCAAGGUAUGUUCCGAACUCGAAACUCAUGUCGGAUUUGGUGAUAAAGUAGUGGCCGAAUUCAUCACCGACCUCGGCCAUAAGUGCGAGACAGUCGAUGAAUUCGACGUUCAGUUGAAGAAAAACGGUGCAGAAAUGCCUGAUUAUUUUGUUAGAACGUUAUUAACGAUUAUUCAUGCGAUUUUACCUCCAAAACCUAAGAAUGAGGGUGGUGAUGGGAAUGAUAAACCUAAGUUUUCUAGUUUGUCUAUUGCUGAUGGUAAAAAUAGGGUUAAGCAGUUGGAGAGAGAGAUUGAGUUGGAGGCGGAGGAGCGCCGGAGGAAGGAUGGGAAGGAUGGGAAGGAUGAUGAUGUGAGGAGUCGGGAUCGCCGUGGGAAGGAGAAAGAUAGUGAUAGGGAUAGGGAUAGAGAGAGGGGUAGGGAGAGAGACCGAGACAGGGAUAGGGAUAGGGAUAGAGACAGGGGUAGGGACAGAGACAGGGAUAGGAGAGGAAGACAUGACAAAUCUGAGAGGUAUAGGGAGAGAGAUGACGAACAAUAUGAUGAUCGACGAGAAAAGGUAGGGGAUGUGGAGGGAAGACACGGAAGGGAUAGGCACGAGGAAAGGGAUUAUGGAGUGGAUACGGAAGAUAGGAGAGGUGGUGGUGAUAACAAUCAGAGGAAUGGGAGGAGACAGGAGUCUGAUGAACCUGAGUUGUAUAAUGUUUAUAAGGGCAAAGUUUCAAGAGUUAUGGACUCGGGUUGUUUCGUUCAAUUGCAAGAUUUUAGGGGUAAGGAGGGGUUGGUUCAUGUUUCACAGAUGGCAACUAGGCGUAUUCCGAAUGCUAAAGAAGUUGUGAAGAGGGGCCAGGAAGUUUAUGUGAAGGUGAUAUCAGUUUCAGGUCAGAAGUUGAGUUUUGCAAUGAAGGAUGUGGAUCAGGAUACUGGGAAGGAUUUGCUCCCACUGAAGAAGACCUCACAGGAUGAUACUUUAAGAGCUAAUCCUAGUGGUGUUACUGUGGGAAACACUAGGAUAGGUCUUUCUGGGAUUCAGAUAGUGGAGGAGAUUGAGUCUGGCUCGUCACGGCGUCCACUUAAGCGUAUGAGUUCACCAGAGAAGUGGGAAACAAAGCAGCUGAUUGCGUCUGGGGUUCUGAGUGUGAAGGAGUUUCCAAGCUUUGACGAAGAAGGUGAUGGGAUGCUUUACCAAGAAGAAGGUGCUGAGGAAGAGCUUGAGAUAGAGCUGAAUGAAGAUGAACCUGCCUUUCUACAGGGGCAGACUCGAUACUCUGCUGACAUGUCCCCUGUUAAGAUCUUUAAGAACCCAGAAGGUUCCUUGAGUCGUGCAGCUGCUCUCCAGUCUGCUCUCAUAAAGGAAAGGCGAGAAGUUCGUGAGCAACAACAGAGGACAAUGCUUGAUUCAAUUCCAAAGGAUCUUAAUCGUCCUUGGGAAGAUCCAAUGCCAGAGACUGGGGAGAGACAUCUUGCACAGGAGUUGAGAGGUGUUGGCUUAUCAGCAUAUGAUAUGCCAGAAUGGAAGAAGGAAGCUUAUGGCAAGGCUCUGACUUUUGGUCAGAAAUCGAAGCUGUCCAUUCAGGAGCAAAGGAAGAGUUUACCCAUCUACAAAUUGAAGAAAGAACUGAUCCAGGCUGUGCGUGAUAAUCAGGUUCUGGUCGUGAUUGGUGAGACUGGAUCUGGAAAAACAACUCAAGUAACUCAGUAUCUUGCAGAGGCAGGUUACACCACAAAUGGUAAAAUUGGGUGUACCCAGCCCCGUAGAGUGGCUGCAAUGUCCGUAGCCAAGAGGGUUGCGGAGGAAUUCGGUUGUCGAUUAGGGGAAGAAGUUGGAUAUGCUAUCCGUUUCGAGGAUUGCACUGGUCCUGACACGGUGAUUAAGUACAUGACAGAUGGUAUGCUUCUUAGGGAGAUCCUGAUCGAUGAAAAUCUGAGUCAGUAUUCAGUUGUAAUGCUUGAUGAAGCUCAUGAGAGAACAAUAUAUACAGAUGUCCUCUUUGGAUUGCUAAAACAGCUUAUUAGACGGAGACCUGAUCUUCGUUUGAUUGUGACCUCUGCUACGCUGGAUGCCGAAAAAUUUUCGGGUUAUUUUUUUAACUGUAAUAUCUUCACAAUUCCUGGCAGAACUUAUCCUGUGGAAAUUUUGUAUACCAAGCAACCUGAGAGUGAUUACUUAGAUGCUGCUUUAAUCACAGUGCUACAGAUUCACUUGACAGAACCUGAAGGUGACGUUCUCCUUUUCCUGACUGGACAGGAGGAAAUUGAUUUUGCAUGCCAGUGUCUAUAUGAGAGGAUGAAGGUUCUUGGAAAAAAUGUUCCUGAAUUGAUAAUUCUUCCAGUUUAUAGUGCCCUUCCUAGUGAAAUGCAAUCUAGGAUUUUUGAUCCUGCCCCUCCUGGAAAGAGAAAAGUGGUUGUGGCUACAAAUAUUGCUGAAGCUUCGUUGACCAUUGAUGGGAUAUUUUAUGUGGUUGAUCCGGGAUUUGCAAAGCAGAAUGUAUACAAUCCAAAACAGGGUCUUGAUUCUCUAGUUAUAACCCCGAUUUCGCAAGCCUCAGCCAAGCAACGAGCAGGACGUGCUGGGCGUACUGGGCCAGGGAAAUGCUAUCGUCUUUAUACUGAGAGUGCAUACCGGAAUGAAAUGUCUCCCACUUCAAUUCCAGAGAUUCAGAGAAUUAAUCUUGGGAUGACUACAUUGACUAUGAAAGCUAUGGGAAUUAAUGAUCUGCUAUCCUUCGAUUUUAUGGAUCCUCCUUCUCCUCAAGCACUUAUAUCUGCUAUGGAGCAAUUGUAUAGUUUGGGAGCUUUGGAUGAGGAGGGCCUUUUGACCAAAUUGGGUCGGAAGAUGGCAGAGUUUCCCAUGGAGCCACCAUUGUCUAAGAUGCUUUUGGCCAGUGUGGACCUUGGGUGCAGUGAUGAGAUUCUGACCAUAAUUGCGAUGAUUACAACGGGCAAUAUAUUCUACAGACCUAGGGAGAAACAAGCACAAGCAGAUCAAAAGAGGGCCAAAUUUUUCCAGCCUGAGGGUGAUCAUUUAACACUGCUUGCUGUUUAUGAGGCUUGGAAAGCAAAGAAUUUUUCCGGACCAUGGUGCUUUGAAAACUUCAUUCAGUCUCGAUCUUUACGAAGGGCACAAGAUGUCAGGAAACAACUACUCAGUAUCAUGGACAAGUAUAAAUUGGAUGUCGUGAGUGCUGGGAAGAACUUUACCAAAAUAAGAAAAGCAAUGGCUGCUGGUUUCUUCUUUCAUGCAGCCAGGAAAGAUCCACAGGAGGGUUACAGAACCCUGGUUGAGAAUCAGCCUGUUUACAUCCACCCUAGCAGUGCAUUAUUUCAGAGACAACCAGAUUGGGUCAUCUACCACGAACUAGUUAUGACUACAAAAGAGUAUAUGAGGGAGGUGACAGUAGUAGAUCCAAAGUGGCUUGUGGAAUUGGCUCCUAGAUUUUUCAAAGUGGCAGAUCCCACAAAAAUGAGCAAGCGGAAGCGUCAAGAACGCAUUGAGCCUCUUUAUGAUAGAUAUCACGAGCCUAACUCUUGGCGUUUGAGUAAAAGGCGUGCUUAGUAUUCUCUUCGUUUUCAUGUCAGGUCUUCUCAAUAUGCCCUUUGGAUUGCUAUUAGUUUUUCGAUGUAAUCCCAAAAUUCUAAUUUACCUAUUUACUAUAAAUGCAUAUCGCUCUUUGUAAAUUAAGGAAUUACCUUUUUACUAUUGAAAUCAGAAGUUUUGUCUCGUAAUGUUGCCAUAA